UUCACUAUCCACAUUUCAGCUGUCAUUUUUUAAACAGCUGAUCCAAAUCAAACAAGACAAAAGAAUUUAUUCAAUCGAUCAGUAUUUUGUGUUUUUCCAAAGUUUUUAUAAAAUUCAUUAAAACUAUACACCAUGGGUGGUUGGCAUCUUGAAAUUGGCAAAAUGGCAUUAUACAUGACCUUUCCCGUUGCACUUUUCCAUAUCUUCAAUCAACCAGCUUAUUUUGAAGAAUGGGUAACCAAAACCAAGCGAGAUAUCUAUCCACCAGAUAGUGAGAGUCAUCGUAAAGAACUUGAAGAUGCUAUUAAAAUGAUUCGAGCAAAACAAGAAGAAAAACAAAUGAAAGCUUUUGAAGAAAUUGAGAAUAAACGCAAACAUUAAUUAGUUGUAAGGUUUUUAAAUGGAAAUAAAGAUUUUAUAGAAAGUACAUAUAGUAAGUA